GGUCCACGUCGAUCCGCACAGCGGCUGGUUCAGGCUGUGUGGCGCUGCAAGAGGCCACACAAAAUGGCGGCAGCAAUCGAGCGCCUUCAAAAAACUGCGAGGGACAACCCCUUGGCCGCCGUCGCCGCCGCCGCGACAGCGGCCGUCGCCGCGCCGGCGGUCGCGCGCGGCCUCAAGCUCACCACCGCCUUCCUCGCGUCGCUGCGAACGAGCAAGCGCCACGGCCGCAUUGAUGGAUACAACGACCUCCAUAACAAGGACGAGGCCGACGACCGCAACGACCAGUACGCCGACUUAGUGGACUCGUACUACGAUCUAGCGACGGAGUUUUAUGAAUGGGGCUGGGGCGCCUGCUUCCAUUUUGCAGACAGGAGGGGGAGGGAGACGUUCGCCCAGUCGUUACUACGACACGAGUACUACCUCGCCUCAAGACUAGCAUUAAAAGCAGGCGACUGCGUGCUGGACUGCGGGUGUGGCAUUGGGGGACCGGCGAGGAACAUCGCGCGGUUCACGCGCGCGCAAGUCACGGGCAUCACGAUCAACCAGUUCCAGGUGGAUAGAGGUAAUGCGCUGUGCAAGCAGGAGGGCGUGUCCCAUUUGGCGAAGCUCGUCCAGGGCGAUUUCAUGAACCUGCCCUUCAAGGACAACAGCUUUGAUGGCGUGUAUGCGAUCGAAGCGACGUGCCACGCCCCAGAUAGGGCUAAAUGUUACGGAGAGAUCUUGAGGGUGCUGAAGCCGGGCGCGACCUUCGCGUGCUACGAGUGGUGCCUGACGGACGCCUACGACGGUUCGGAACGCCACAAGAAGCUCAAGAAGGACAUCGAGGUGGGGGAUGGAUUACCGGAUCUCGUACACACUUCUGUGUGCACGAAGGCCCUAGCUGACGCGGGUUUCGACAUUGUGGAAGCGAGAGACUGCGCUCUGGAUGGACUGCUCGAUGGCGGCGACCCCUGGCACACGCCGCUCACGCCGUCGUGGAAUCCCUUGAGCUGGCCCCGGUUCCAGUUCAAUCCCGUCAUGUUCUUCCUCAUGCCGCGCAUCCUCACGUUCCUCGAGCUCAUUAGAUUGGUGCCGGCCGGAACCUCAAAGACGCAGGUCAUGCUCCAGGCCGGCGGCGUGGGCUGCGCCGACGGCGGCGUGACCGGCGCGUUUACGCCGAUGUGGCUCAUGGUCGCGCGGAAGCCGCUGAAGUAGCUUUUCUAGUGUUGGUGGGGGCGACUAAUGAUCUAUCACGAGUA